AUGGCUGGCAAUCUCAUAGAACUUACUGCUGAAGUCGACCUGAAGAAAUUGGCUGAAGAGCAUAAAAACACGGCAGUGAUCCUCGACUUUUGGGCUGCCUGGGCUCAACCAUGUGCACAAAUGAACGACGUGUUCGGAGAAUUGGCAAAAAAGCAUACUGCACUCAAGUUUAUCAAGAUUGAAGCAGAAAAGUUCCCGGAGAUCUCCGAAUCCUUUGAUAUUGCAGCAGUACCAACUUUCAUUGUUCUCAAAAAUAGCAAGGUUGCGGAUCGCGUAGAUGGAGCUAAUGCAUCUGAACUCACAAGCAUAGUGGAAAAGCAUGCCAAGACUACUUCAUUAAAACCAACGCCGGCACAACCUCGUGAAGCACCUAAGGCUGAUCUAAACACACGUCUUAAAGAAUUGAUCAAUUCUGAUUCGGUUAUGGUGUUUAUUAAGGGUACUCCAAGUCAACCUCGAUGUGGAUUCACCCGACAACUUGUAGAAAUUCUCAAUGAGAACCAAGUGAAGUUUAGUUCAUUUAACAUUUUAACCGACGAGGAGGUUAGACAAGGUUUAAAGGAAUAUUCUAAGUGGCCUACCUAUCCUCAGUUAUAUAUCAGUGGUGAACUUAUUGGUGGAUUAGACAUUGUCAAAGAGUUGGUUUCUUCGGGAAGUUUUAAGGACAUGAUUCCAAAAGAAAGGGACCUUAACGAGCGACUCCAAGAAUUAACCACAAAAUCCAAAUUGGUUAUAUUCAUAAAAGGUUCACCGGAUGCUCCGCGUUGUGGAUUCACUAAACAGCUAAUCGGUAUUCUUAAUGAGAAGAAGGCCAAAUACGAAUACUUUGACAUUUUAAAAGACGAGGAAGUUAGACAAGGAUUGAAAACUUUAGUUAAUUGGCCUACUUAUCCAAUGGUAUUUAAUAAUGGAGAAUUGAUCGGUGGAUUGGAUAUUAUCAAAGAAUUGAGUUCUAGUGGUGAAUUGGAUAGUAUUAUUGGUACAGAGGUCUCGGCCUAA